ACUGUCGGAGCAGUAGCGCUGUGCGCCCCACGCCACAAGCGCCCAGUUACUUUGUGGGCUGUGCCUGCCCUGCGCCUGCAACUUGAAUCCCCGCCGCUUCGCAGUCUCCGCGCCACCUUUGUAACGGCCUUCACGACCCCGAGGUGUCAUGGCGAGAAAGUGGAACGGGCGUGCGGUGGCCCGAGCCCUGGUCCUGGCCACUCUGUGGCUGGCUGUGUCUGGGCGUCCCCUGGCCCAGCAAUCCCAGUCUGUGUCAGAUGAAGAUCCACUCUUUCUCUAUGGCUGGGGCAAGAUUACCCGCCUUCAGUACCUGUACUCCGCUGGUCCCUAUGUCUCCAACUGCUUCCUCCGAAUCCGGAGCGACGGCUCUGUGGACUGCGAGGAGGACCAAAACGAACGAAAUUUGUUGGAAUUCCGCGCGGUCGCUUUGAAGACCAUUGCCAUCAAGGACGUCAGCAGCGUGCGGUACCUCUGCAUGAGUGCGGACGGCAAGAUAUACGGGCUGAUUCGCUACUCGGAGGAAGACUGUACCUUCAGGGAGGAAAUGGACUGUUUAGGCUACAACCAGUACAGAUCCAUGAAGCACCAUCUCCAUAUCAUCUUCAUCCAGGCCAAGCCCAGAGAGCAGCUCCAGGACCAGAAACCCUCAAACUUUAUCCCCGUGUUUCACCGCUCCUUCUUUGAAACCGGGGACCAGCUGAGGUCUAAAAUGUUCUCCCUGCCCCUGGAGAGUGACAGCAUGGAUCCGUUCAGGAUGGUGGAGGAUGUAGACCACCUAGUGAAGAGUCCCAGCUUCCAGAAAUGACAGGAUUCCGACAGGAUGGAGAAAACCCCAAGGUCCCGUGAACUUCCCCCUUAGGAAGCUGUAAAUAUUCUAAGUCUCACAUGGACCCUGUCGUGUUAGUGGCUAGACUUGAUCAUGAACCUAAGUUGACAACCUGCCUGGCUGCCAUCGGAGCCCCACUGACUUUGGAGGCUGCUGAUAUGUGCUUAGGUUACUCCAGUUCUGUUUGAAUACCUCCACUAAUAGGGAACUCACUCCUGUGAAACAUUCUUAGUUUUGAGCCAAAUCUGUGACUUGGAUGGUUUUAGCAAGGAAGCCAGAAGGUAUGAAGUCAAAUGAUAAAAUUCAUGUAUAGAAAGCGGGCUCUAAAAUAUAUAUUCCCUAUAUGGAUCUCAUGGGAUCUUAGCUUGCCCCCCAAAUGUCUCCUGGCCAGAACUAACUGGGGUUACAAACUUGGAACAAAGCCUUGGGAGCCUUGAAGGAUGGUCUUAGGAUUACGAAUUCCAGCUGACCACGUAGCUUCCCCUUUCUCCACUUAUAAAUGUCAGAUGGAAGUGACCCUUAGCUGAGUGCAUAGCCUAGCUGCCACUUGUGCCCCAGGAGCUUGUCUCAGUCCCGUGACCCCAGAUUUCCAGGGCCUGGAUCUGCUCCUCUGACCUUUCCCAGAGUUCACCUGGGCUCUCCAACCUCAGAGCAGGUAGCUUAUGAGCCAUCCAGUUGUGUCCCCAGCUCCUGGCUCUCAGUCCUGGUCACCAAACAUUAUGAAUCAACGUGUCUGCUGCCUAUGUCAACCUGGACCCCUCAUUUACAAACAAGCAACAAGAUUAGGAAGUCCCAAAUUCUCCAGUGGCAGCCGGGGAACUGUGGAGUCCUUUCCCCGGCACUUACGUGGCAGCGUGAUAUUUAUAAGUAAUUUAUUGUGUGUGCGUCUUCUAUUUUCUUACUUUAUUUAUGCCCCAGAUCAUAUUUAUGUACAUGACUUGUUUUCUACAUUAAAAAGGAGUUGGUUUGUAUCAAAA